AUGAAUUCGCAAAGCAUAUCUGCAAAGGGAAAGAGUAAGGCUGCAAAGGGAAUUGCAAAGAGACACAGAAAACAGGCAUCUGCUGCAGACAGCAUCUCAAAGCCAGCAAUAAGAAGAAUCGCCAGGCGUGCAGGUGUAAAGAGAGUCGGAGGCGGCUGCUUCAAGGAAAUAAACAAUGCUGGCAGAGCAUACAUCAAGGACGUCCUCUCCAUUGCAUUUGUUUAUGCUACACAUGCAAAAAGAAAGACAAUCACAUGUGCAGAUAUUCUUUAUUCUCUUAAACGAAUGGGUGUCAAGUACAUGGGAUACUAA